CAUGACCCGGAAAUGAAUCGAGAUGAAGCGCGUAUUUGUGCCGUACCCGGAAGUAGUGUUGCUAACGCGUGAAUCGUUGAGACAACGGUGGUAAACCUAGCCAGUUAAGAGGCUCUAACUCUGAGGAAACUGUUUUUAUUAUAACCACACAACAAUGAGUCUGUUAACAAAACCCAAGUCAGAAAUGACUCCAGAGGAGCUCCAGAAGCGAGAAGAGGAGGAGUUCAACACUGGUCCCCUCUCAGUACUCACACAGUCAGUCAAAAACAACACACAGGUGCUCAUCAACUGUCGCAACAACAAGAAGCUGCUUGGAAGAGUCAAAGCCUUUGACAGACACUGCAACAUGGUCCUGGAGAACGUGAAAGAAAUGUGGACAGAGGUUCCGAAGAGUGGAAAGGGAAAGAAGAAGUCCAAGCCUGUGAAUAAAGACCGAUACAUUUCCAAAAUGUUCCUCCGGGGCGACUCUGUCAUCGUGGUGUUAAGAAAUCCUCUGAUCACGGGAAAAUGAACUGCGCAAAGACAUACUGUUGAGUUUCACCUUUCUUUUGUUUAAUCUUUCUUUUUGAAAACUUUAUAGGCAAUUAUGUCAGCUAUGUAAAAUGUUUUGGUGACCAUUGCCUUUACAGUUGUGUUGUUGUCAGUGGAUUAGGUAAAACAGUGCUAAAUUUUGCUUUUCUACAAAGGACGCCUUUGUUUCAUUUUAUAAAUAAACCUGCUCACAAUUUCGA